AUGGGAUUCGAAUCGGUAAGGGGGAAGGGGAGGAGAGAAACUCUCGUGUAAAGGGAUAACUUAUCCACCCCUCGGUCACAACCUUUUUGAUUUUGGACGAAUUCUCUCACCACAUUAUCUCCAAUCAAAAUCCAGCAGCCCUCUGCUUCCCUCAUCAUUGCAUUGCAUUAGAUAUUCCUUAGCAAGAUAGUUUUGAUACCGUACACAGAAGCGGCCACAGACCACAGUCACAGGGAAAAUGGGGGCCCUUCUCAGGGUUGAGUGCUUCUCCUUCCCAAGAACUCUCCCAAUCCGUAAUCGUUUACUUCCCAAUAGAAAUCCAUCUGUCUCAGCCCUAAGAACAAGCCCACCUCCUGUGAGUGAACUUGCAGAAGAGGACAUUCUGCAGGCGUUCUUUAAGGAAAGACAGUUGAAUGGAGACCUUGUAUCAAAAAUUUCAGAUGUGCUUUGGCAGAAGGAAUUUACGAAAUCUGUUGUUGAUGCUGAUGAUGUUGGCCGAUUUGCUGACACUCCUCAACAAGCAGAGCAGGUUGCAGAAAAUGAUGCUGGUGGGUUUUUGAAAUUGUCAAGAACCAAUGAAUGGGUACUAGGUGACAUAUCUGCACCAAUAAAUAAAAAAGCCAUUGCUAAGGCCUUGCAGAAUGACAGUGAAAGAAGAAAGAAACUCAACCUUCUUCAAUAUGAAGCUCUGCAGAGGGAACUAAUGCUAUUAUCUAUUGGUAUUGGAACCGCAUGUACUGGGUAUUGUUUAAUAGCAUUAUCAUUCCAGGCUGCUGUCAGUUAUGCUACGGGAGUUAUUUUCAGUUGUUUGUACCUUAAACUCUUGUACCAGCAAGCAGACAAUAUAUCCAGAGAUGCAGUCCCUCAAAUUUUCAGGCAGAGGAAGACCAAGAAAAUUGGAAUAAGAAGCGAGGAUGUUGAGGAUUUUCUAGAGAAGUCAAUAAAGGGCUGUGGUAUUGCUCUUUCAUCUCCAAGGCUUGUAAUACCAGCAGCAAUAUAUGGAUUGUGGAUUCUGUCUCAUCAAUAUUUGGCCAGCGAUCUCUUUGAUUUCCAGCUUGUGCCAGCUAUGCUUGGGAUGUUUGUCUAUAAAGCUGCUGCUCUUUAUCAAGUUUAUAGAGAUAAUGAAGACUUACAGUUUAUCUUUCCAGAAAAUGAAGAAGGCUUGAAAUGACUGAAACAUUUGAUCUUUUGCAUUGUUCAUAAUUUAACAAGCAGAGUCGGAUGCCUCGCAGAAAUUUUGCCCCAUAAGGUUACAAAAUUAGCUUUCCUUCGUCAUUACCUGUAUUAUAUCCUGCAUGUAUGUAUAGUCAAACAAGAGAAGCAUCCUCAAGAUUGAGAUGAAGUAAUGUGGUCUGAGCUGAUGCCUGUUUGAUUGAUUGGUUCAGGUUAGUUUCUGAAAGUUAGACUAGUAGCUACCUUAUCCCUGUAUCUCUAGCAAGAUCUGUUCAAAAGCUAGUGGUUCAUGGUUAAUGAGUUUAUCCUAAGGCAGGUGGCCUAAAACCUAUUUUACAGUUUACAACAAAUUGGCUGCUGUAAAACAUAGUUGACCAUUUUAAAAGAUUGGCAAUUUUGUUCUGAAGAUCUGCUGUGAUCUGCAUUCCUGUAGUGUGAUCUUCUUUCAAAGUGAUGCAGGAGUGUACUCGAGGCUUGCCGAGGCCUUGCUGGUCUACUGGUUAUGCUCUUAGUUAUUUUAAAUAGGUGAUGUGCCCGUCAUGUGAGUUAAGUAUUCAGAAGGGCUAGGAUGAAAUCGUUAUUUGUGUAAUCAACAGCUAGGAUGCUGGGUUGUCGUAACCUUUGUUCGAGUACCAUGUACAAGUCUUCGUAUAUAAUAGUGUUGUUUUGGGCCACUCUUGCCCUGGAGAUUCAAGGUUGGACAAGAUAGAGGUCAUGUUGGCGGUGGAAAUCGAGCCUAACAUACAGAGAGGACAAAGAUGGAAUGAUCAAAACCUAGUCACUGGCACUUGAUUUAGGCGAGAAGAACCCCUUUAAUGAUAUGCUGGAGACAUAAAUUAGUAUGAAUGGAGGACUGAAAUAGAGGUUGAUCUUUUAAUGUUGGAGGAAUACUUGAAGUUGUUCAUGCCCUUGGAAGGUGCAUGCAGAAGAUUAUUUGCAUUGGGAAGCUAAAGCCAGUUUGGAAAACUAUUUUGAGUUGAAACACAUGGCCGAAGAGAGGAAGGCAAUGUUUGUGAAACUUAAAAUGAGAGCAUUGCAUUGAAUUCAUGGAAACGUAUUAAGGAGCAGUUGAGUGUGGCUUAUAGCACAAGGCAGAUACAUUGUUUAAUUUUUCAUCAAGCAAAACAUGGCUCAUGUAUGUUGCAACAUUUCACAAUCCACACUUAUGCAGCUCAUCGAUAAACAAACAACAUAUUUCAGCCUAAGGCUAAAAGACAAGCAUCCACAACCAAAACCAGGGAGAGGCACAAACAAACACAAAAUUCGAACCUGGUGGAGGCCUGCUAUCAUACAAACUGUUUUUGCCAUCUCUUUGGUGCAUAAGUCUUAGGCACCGUUUGCGUUUCAAAGAGACUACAAAUUUAGCAAAUUUAUAUUAGUGAAUAAUUUUAUCACAAAAUAUAGACUUCAAUUUACAAUGCUUGGAAACUAUGAUGGUGGUAAAGAUGGUCGCGUAAAAGAUUAAACUUUGUUCCUCAUACUCAAAGCGAAGCUGCAUGAAGGGAAAGGCCAUUGCUGCAAAACUUGAUACAAAGACUAGGUCAUCUCCAUCUACUAUAUAAAGGUGACUCUCCAACCCAAGAGGGAUCGUCUGAAAGGGCAAGUCAACCCUACAACAUCAAUUUCACAUUUCUUGAGAUGUCUCAAUAUUAUUUCUUAACUAGGAUAUGGGUUAUGGGUUGUGAGGAUUAAAUACUUUGUACUUUGUUCUUUCUUUACUCAAUAAUGAAAACACCAAACACCUUCUUGGACGUAACCUAAUUAAGGGUGAAUCA